AUGGCCGAGCUAGUGAAGAACCCAAAGGAAAUGGAGAAAACACAAGCCGAGGUGCGACAAGUUGCAGGGGAACAUAGACGAGUCACAGAGGAGCUAUUGAGUACAAUGACACGACCACAGGCUGCCAUCAAAGAAGCUCUACGAUUGCAUGCACUAGUGCCAAUGCUUGUCCCCCACGAGGCGGUCCACAACACCAAGCUGCAUGGCUAUGAUAUCCCAGCCAAGACCCGGGUUCUCAUCAACGCGUGGGCGAUUGGCAGAGACGAAGAGUCAUGGGAGGAUGCAGAUGCAUUCAUGCCAGAGAGGUUUGUGCAUAGUACAAACUUUGAUUACAGUGGUAAAGACUUCUGA